UCAUGUUGUUGUAUUCCUACUUUUCUUCUGCUGUGCCCUCUCCUCUUUAUUCCCCCUCCUGCCAGUUACAGGGAGAGUUUCACCUAAAUGGGAUGCACAAGGCUGGCGAUGUGGUUCUGGGUGGGGUGUUUGAGAUCCACUUCUUCUCUGUCUUUCCUGACCAAUCUUUUAUCUCAGAGCCACAAGAGCCAACCUGCCAUGGUUUUGAUGUUCUAGGAUUCAGGCAGGCCCAGACCAUGGCCUUUGCUAUUGAUGAGAUCAACAGAAACUCCAACCUGCUACCUAAUGUGACUCUUGGAUACAGUCUUUAUGAUAACUGCAUUCAACUAGGAAUCGGGUUCCGCGCAGCGUUGUCAUUAGCCAGUGAUCAAGAGAAGAAGGCUGUGUUACAUGAAACCUGUGUAGGAACCAUAGACCGAACCCCUCCAAUCCUAGGGAUUGUGGGUGAUUCUUCCUCUACCCGUUCUAUUGCCAUCUCCACUGUCUAUGGUUUGUAUAGAAUACCUAUGGUGAGUUAUUUUGCUACAUGUUCGUGCCUGAGUGACCGGCAAAAGUUUCCAUCCUUCUUUAGGACCAUUCCAAGUGAUGCUUUCCAGGUGCGUGCUAUGAUUCAGAUUCUCAGUCACUUUGGCUGGACUUGGGCAGGUCUGCUGGUCAGCGAUGAUGACUAUGGACUCCACGCUGCCCAAUCCUUCCAAUCUGACCUGGUUCAGACUGGAGGAGGUUGUCUGGCCUACGCAGAGGUUUUGCCUUGGGGCAAUGACCAAGCUGAACUAAGGAGGAUUGUGGAUGUAAUGAAGACAUCAACAGCUUGUGUGGUCAUUGUGUUUGCACAUGAGAGCCACAUGAUUAACCUCAUGGAAGAGGUGGUGAGGCAGAAUGUGAGAGGCCUGCAGUGGAUGGCCAGUGAAGCCUGGACAGCAGCUGCUGUGCUGCAGACCCCCCACCUAAUGCCAUACCUGGGUGGCACGCUGGGCAUUGCCAUCCGCCGUGGAGAAAUACCAGGGUUAAGGGACUUCCUGUUACAAAUACGUCCUGACCUACAACACAACAACAGCUAUGGAAAUAGCAUUGUAAAUCAGUUUUGGGAGAACACCUUUCAGUGUAGAUUUGCACCCCCUCCAACAGGUUGGGUGGAAGCUGGGGGAGCACUAUGCACUGGAAAUGAAGAUCUAGACAAUGUGGAAACUGAGUUCCUGGACCUUUCCAACCUCAGGCCAGAAUAUAAUGUGUACAAGGCUGCGUAUGCCUUGGCGUACGCCCUCGAUGACAUGCUGCGCUGUGUGCCAGGGAGAGGGCCUUUCAGAGGACACAGCUGUGGCAAUUUGCAAAGACUGGAGCCAUGGCAGCUUGUGUAUUACUUGGAAAAGGUUAACUUCACAACACCAUUUGGUGACCAAGUGUCAUUUGAUGAGAAUGGUGAUGCCUUACCAAUAUAUGAUAUCAUGAACUGGCUGUGGCUCCCUGAUGGAAGGACUAAAGUUCAGAAUGUGGGUGCAGUUAAAGAGUCAUUCAAAGAUGAAGAGCUAAUUCUUGAUGAAGACAAAAUCUUCUGGAACUUUGAAUCACAACAGCCACCCCAGUCAGUGUGCAGCGAGAGCUGUCCUCCAGGUACCCCAUUUGGAAUCAGCUUUGUACUUUGUGUCUCAUGCAUCCUGGUAAAAACCAUGGUGGUUCUGGCUGUGUUCAAAGCAUCAAAGCCAGGAGGUGGAGACAGUCUAAAAUGGUUUGGUGCUGUGCAGCAGAGAGGGACAGUUCUGGUACUUUCUUCUAUUCAGGCAGCAAUUUGCACUGCCUGGCUUGUCUCUGCCUCACCAUCUCCUCAUAAAAACACUCAAUACUAUAAUGACAAGAUAGUUUAUGAGUGUGUAGUUGGGUCCACAGCGGGGUUUGCUGUGUUACUCGGCUAUAUUGGAUUACUGGCUAUUCUUAGCUUCCUGUUAGCAUUUCUGGCGAGGAAUCUUCCAGAUAGUUUUAAUGAAGCCAAACUCAUCACUUUCAGCAUGCUGAUCUUCUGUGCUGUGUGGGUUGCAUUUGUUCCUGCUUAUAUCAGCUCACCAGGCAAAUAUGCAGAUGCAUUGGAGGUAUUUGCCAUCCUGGCCUCCAGUUUUGGCCUUUUGGUGGCACUGUUUGGACCCAAAUGUUACAUAAUCCUGCUGAAACCAGAGAGAAACACAAAGAAAGCCAUCAUGGGUCGGGGCAUUGAGUCAUAA